AAAACAAACAACCGCGCCUUCGUAACCCGCGGAAUCGUCCUACGCACGCGUUGUCGCGAAUUCAUAAUUGCAAUAUACCGUGAACUGUUAUUUGCGCGUAUCAAACGCGCCAAGUUAACGUGGAUGUGUGUAAUCUGUACACUUGUAAGAAAGUUACACUUGUAAGAAACUCUGUUCUUCUUAGCUGAACUGUCUGAACUGGCGCACACCGGCACGCAAUGAGUUAGAGUGAGACAAGCAUAUUUUGUUUUGCACCAGUUCAGCUGAGAAGAACAGACCUUCUUGUCAACACUCCGGCAGCGAAUAACGAAACGUAGCCUCAGAGUAGAUGUUCAUUUGGACGCGUUAAGGAGCAAAAUUCGCACGCGUUCGCACAGAGGGUUAGGUGAAAGUUGUCAACGUGAAAAUGCGUUGCCCCACACGUCAUCGUUAAUCAUUCACGAUCUUUUUUGUACCGUUCACGUGUAUGCAGUACACGUCAUUUCUGAUCAUUAAUUAAGAGACCAGUGCAUAACCGGCUCAAGGGGACUGUCAAGACGAGCAAUGAAAUUAUAAGUCUCUCUCUUCUCUCUCCUUCUCUUACUCUAACGACUUUCGAAAUACUUCCUACUCGCGCAAUGCUACACAGCCGCCAUGUAAAUCGCCCCGUGAGAUCGUCCUAAUCGACAAACCUCAUAGUCUUCCGCGAGCAUGGCGGAAACGGAAGCCGAGGAGGAGACGGGGACGAGCGAAUUUAUGGAGGACGUCACGGCGGACGCGACGACCGACGACGCCACGGUCAAGUAUGAGAGUGCCGGAGACGUCGUGUCCGGUGAUGGCGCGGAAAGAGAUGCGAGGCGAGAUGAGGUCGGGAGAACGCGAAGGAAGAAGAAGAGGUUCCGGACGGAGAGACACGUCCGCGAGGGAGAGUCGCUUUGGCGCAUCUACAUGAAAUCAUACGCGGAAUUACGGGACAAGUCGGAGCGAGAGGACGUCCCCGAGAAGUGGAAGACGCCGGCCGAUGUGCCGAGGCUGCCUCGCGUGGAAAUCGCGGACGGGACAUUUCCUCCGCGCGAGUGUUUUCCGCUCGGCGGCUUUCGACUCGGGCGUCGAGUCGCUGGGACAGCCGUCGGGCUAGAUCGAUGCAGGAGAACGCCGAUCUGGAGGAGUAUGAGAUCAAGACAGUCGGCAAGUCUAUUCCGGAAAAGGGGAGGAAGGCUAUCGUCGAGAACCGGAAGUGGAGAAUGGUCCGAUGUUUGGCCAUGCACUACGCGAGAUUUGCUGGGCGAGUUGCGGAAGAAGGAAGGGAGGAGAAAGCGAAGGGACACGUUCCCUUGCGAACAGCGGCUUGACGAGGAGGACGAGCUUCUCCUACGCCAACAUAGGAGCGACCUUGCUAAUCGCAAGGAGCUUGGCCACGUUCGAGCGCCGGUCCCUUGCCCGGUGCUGAAGUCGAAUCUCAUGGUGGAUCGCGCAGCCGGCGAACGCCCCGGUCUUGUGGACGGCGAUUACGUUCUCGUGGAGUUGGCGGCAGGGGAUCCGCAAGGUAAACGCGUAUACGCCAACGUGAUCCUUCACGGCUUGAAAGGCAUGCACCUGCCGGAACUGAGCCCGUUGCGAGAACGCAGGAACACUUGGAAGUUCUGCCUCUAUCAAGCGCUCGUGGCUCUCUUGGCGAAAACUCAGCUUAGAUACAGGUACGCGUGGGGCGCCAAUAUCGACUACAUCUACGACCACGCCUGGACACUUUACACCCACGUUGGCGCGAUCAACGUGAGAAAGAAGCAACGCUUCGACGACGUCGUCGUAUACAAUUACAAGUAUAGCGUGGAGCUUGAACUGAUUCGGGAGAUGAAGGAUGUGCCGGUGGCGCGAGGGGUUGGUUGGAAGUACGUGGGAAGCGGUUUCAAGAGGCAGAUCACGCUGCCGAGGAAAGACCCGCUGAAGGUCAGGGUGGAACUCGGCUGCCGAAAGAUCACAGACUCGACGUGGAUGCCGGUGCACGAGGAGACGCGAGAAGUCGAGCAGUGGUUCGACAAACUGCCCGCGCGAUAUCGCAACUGCAUCCUUCGUACGACUAGAUUCUCUUUGGCCUUCUGGCAAGACGGUCUCUUCUGGUACCUGUACAAUCCCUUCCGCUGUGACGAAUUCGGCCUGUGGGACGACGAAGGUCGCGCCUGUAUCGUCAAGUUUUGCUCCAAAGACUCUUUACGUAGGCAUUUGAUGAUCCUCAUACUGAGAGCCUACGCAUACGAGGCCCCGCGGUCGACAGAUCAAUCCGAGAGAGACACCUUCGACAUUCAGAUCUUCCACGUGGUCUUCCACUGCUGCCAGCUGCACAACUUGAAGCUGCUGCAGCGCGGCGCGCCCAGACCGCUGCGGCGUGUCGACGAGUGUCCGUCGGAUCCUCUCGACGUCCUCAGCGACGUAGAGGACGUGACGGAUCGAGAAGAGGUGGACGAGGUUUCCAAGGUGGCGAGGGAGAAAGUCGCGUGGCUGAAGCGCUUCCGAGUGACUUGGAGCAAGUGCUCGGCCAGCAACCGGAAAUGCAGAUCGGUCAAAGUCGCGGAGAGCGACGGCGGGAAAAAGAGGUGGCACCACUACUACGUGGAGGAGUUCAAUAGGCUCUUCUCACUGUGGGGCGAGAUACACGCGAGCGACUGCAUGUUCGACGAGGCGAGCCGGGGCAUGCAGACGUACGCCUGUUACGUGGUGUGCGCCGGCAUGACGAGGAUCAUGGCGCCCGAGUACUGGAGCCCGAAGAUCCUCGACGUAGUGGUCAUGUGCGGGGACCGUUAUUACAUGCAGAGCAAGCUCGAGGCCGAGCGCAAGGCCAGUACUAGGGAAUACGCGCACGUGGGCUGCUGGAGCAGGUACCUGAGCGACCACUUCGAGAUCGGCGGGAUCGUGUUCGAGGCCCGGAUGUUGCCGUCCGUCCACGGCAGACUUUACGCUAAAUCGGGCGAGUGUCUGUGGCGAUCACUGGAACGCCUGUUCGCCGGGUAUCUGUUUGGCGUCCUGACCUGCGAGAGCGCCUGCCUGGGCCUCUUCAGGUUCUGCGGCGCGUACUAUAUGUGCGACGUGAACUCCUUCGGCCCGCCGCUCUUCCAGCACGGCCGCGGCGCGGCGUACUUGAUGAGAGCCACGUCGUUCCGUAGAUUCGUGACGGUGCUGGUGGCGACCGUCGGCUCGCCCGACCGCAGCCGCUUCACCCUGAACCCAAUCGAGAUCCUCAAGGUCGUCGAAGUGGACGCCGCGUUUGGUGGUCGCGCCAAGACCAGGAGCAAACGUCCGCGCAAACGCUCCGGUCUAUAUUUGCCUGUCUAAGGUGCGUAUUAACGGUUGUCGCUUGAAACUCGCGGAGACAUUCAGAUUUUUAUUCCGAGUCAGAUCCAAGUCUUCCAGUUGUAUUGCGAUAUACAUUGUGACAUUUGUAUCUGUGAUCGCGACUCAACAGCUCUCAUCUGACUCUGAAUUGAAAUCUGAGUAGCUCACCUGAGACUCGUCUCAAGUGAUGACUAUUAAUACGAGCCUGAGAGGUUAACAUCCUCGCGUCUUUAAUACAAUCGCGUGGUGAGAACGAUACUCCCUCUGUGCCUUUUAUCCUCCGAAUUGACUCUUCGUUAACGUAGAAUCGUUAAUUUGUGCGUCAGGGAAGAGCGCGCUGUCGACAAGAGGAAGAACAGAGAGAUGCAGAGAGAAGAGGAGGGAAACGAUUGCAUGUAUAAACAAUCGACGUCGCGCGCGACAACUGCAAUAAUCGCGAGGAACAUGCUCAAAAUUCAACGACGAAAUUCAGCGGGAAAAGGUCUCUUGCGCGCCUGGCUAUAAUUCUAAAUAAAAUUUAUAUCGCCGGACACACAGACACUUGCGCGUGCAUGUGCGCGUACGUGUGUAUAAGCAACUGUUUCUUGUUACAACUGACUCUGUGAAUUCCCCCAGUCGUACACCCGCGGCGGGCCGGCGCAGUUCGCCAACGUGACCAUUUUGAAAUUCCUAAACGAUCGACGGAGCUUUAAUAUUUAUGCGCGGAGGAAUCGGAGCCGCGUGUAAACGUUUAUAUAAACGAGAAUGUAUUUUCCACAACAGCGAAGCGAUUUCAAUAAGAAAAUAUUGUUGCAAAACCGAGUUGCGCGCCAGCAAUAACAAUAAGCGCGGCGACAGUAGUGUCACGGGAUUUAAAUUUCUCGCGAUUUAAACGGACACUUGCCGUCACGCACGCCGCUCUCCCGUGACAAUUUCGUGUUGACUGUCGAUGGAAGUACUCGUAACGAGGAGAAUCGAUUGCGCUACAUACAGCGGGGCGAGAGCGAAGUGGUUGACGGGAAUCUGCCGUCAGAUUCAAAAUCGGGGACAAUUUUUAUAGACACAUCUCGCUGCAUACAAGUUUAUCCGUUUUUCGAUGUCGGUUCGAUGUGAUUUUAUUGAAUUGGAACGAUUGAAACAUAGGACAAAUUUUAAUCGAAGCAUCGAUCAAGUUUGUAGCGCGAAGGUGGAAGACGGACAUCGUGAUGAUGCCGAAUGAAAACUUCCGGAAGAGUCGGUCUACAUCCGCCUGUCCAAGAAGCCAACUCGGGGCGCGAUUCGUUAGACAAAUACUUUGAAGCGCAGUAAUUAUGGCUUCUUUUUAAGCGUUUUGCAGCGUCUAAUGGAUUGUUCCCUGUAACUUCUAUUCUUCGAAAUUGAUUCCUCGUUAACGUAGGAUCGCUAACUCGAGUGAAAUGAAAAAGGAGUAAAAAGGAGACCCAUGAUAACGCGUUCAACUGAAAAAUUCAACUUGAAAGUCUGCGAAAAAGAGCUGGGAUGUGUACAUUCGGAGAAAAAGACACGGCAACUAUACAGGUAGCAACUGCAAGAGUUUUGUGUACACAUAGAAUUAAAGUAUAUAGUUUGAUAAACCAUCCUGCAACGAGAACUGAAUGGUCGUGAGAGCUACAUAUUUAUGAUACAGUUAGUUGUUGCAACAACUGCAGGAUGGUUGAUCAAACUAUGUACAUUAAUUCUACAUACAAAAUCCCUGCAGCUGUCACCUGUAUAGUCGCCAUCAGCUUUCUCUGAGUGUACACACGGGAUAUUUCACGCGAAUUAAAGUCGUCCCGAGACAUCGCUUCGCUCGCUUUAGCAACGAAGUAAAAUAUAUAAAAUCUCUUCAGAGCAACGUCUCUUCGCGCGCAGGGAGGUCAAACGUCGUGCAGCCUCUCGUACUUCGAUGCAAUAAUUUAUUUCGGUAUUGUACACAUCCA